GUAUAGAGCACCCAGAAGUGAACAGGCUGACCCGGAAGCUGAGCUGUCUGGAGGCGCAUAGAGAACAUCCAGCCUCAUCUCUGCUUUAUUAAAGCCUCUUCUGCGAGAAAUAAUAACAUACUCUGACAUCGAUAUAGAAGAAGGAUGGCAGAGCCUCGUUUCAAUAAUCCAUAUUUCUGGCCACCUCCUCCCUCUAUGCCUAGUCAACUGGAUAACCUGGUUCUUAUCGACAAGAUCAAAGAGCAACUGAUGGCAGAAAAAAUUAGAUCUCCGCAUUUGCCGCCCACCACUGUUUCCUCUCAGCAGACUCUGCUGGUGGCCUCUCCACCUUCAGAUGGUGGACAACACGUGAUGUCUAUCCCCAAGCUACAGCAGGUGCCGGGUCUUCAGUCCCACAACUCCUCUCAGCCUGACAUCGCCCUGCACGCCCGUCCAGCAUCCAGCACCAUCGCAGAGCUGAAUAUAGAUGACAAGUCUGCAGUGAAGGCAAAGGGAUUGUGGGAAGACUGGCAUAUGCGACAAGCGGUGGACCAAGCCUCCAGAGCGAAUCAUCGCUCAGGUCUCAUGCUGUCAUCCCGCUCAGAAAGCCACAACACCUCUGAGGCUAUAACUCCCACAACCCCGACGUCUAGCAGCCAGCACCGUUUGGGCGGCGCACCAUCCUUAAACACCAUUUCUGGCCUGGCCAGCGGUCCUGGGAUGGAGCAUGUGAAAAGUGGAGGUCUGGUGGGGAUGCUGGGACCACAGCCCAAAGCUCCACGAGGCCGCAAGAAGAUUAAAGCAGAGAAUAAUACUGGCCCUUUGCUGGUGGUUCCCUAUCCGCUUCUGGCCUCAGGCCCUGACCAGGCGGUUACCAUCGCCAAAGAGGGAAAAACAUACAGGUGUAAAGUGUGUCCCCUUACUUUCUUAAACAAGUCAGAGAUGCAGAUUCAUUCCAAGUCCCACACGGAGGCCAAACCCCACAAGUGCCCUCACUGUUCAAGGUCAUUCGCCAACGCCUCAUACCUAGCACAGCACUUACGUAUUCACUUAGGCAUCAAGCCCUACCACUGCUCCUAUUGUGAGAACUCCUUCCGCCAGUUAUCACAUCUCCAGCAGCACACCAGGAUUCAUACUGGCGACAGACCAUAUAAAUGUGCCCAGCCAGGAUGCGAAAAGGCAUUCACACAACUCUCAAACCUACAGUCUCACCAGAGACAACAUAACAAAGACAAGCCAUACAAGUGUCCCAACUGCUACCGCGCAUACACAGACUCCGCCUCCUUACAGAUCCAUCUCUCUGCACAUGCCAUCAAGAACGCUAAAUCGUACUGUUGCAGCAUGUGUGGUCGUGCAUACACCUCAGAGACCUACCUUAUGAAGCACAUGUCCAAACACACUGUGGUGGAACAUCUGGUCAGUCACCAUUCCCCACAGAGAACAGAAUCUCCCAGCAUCCCCAUACGCAUUGCACUUAUUUGAGUCCCCCUCAUGUUUCUCUUGAAUUAAAAGGUAUUUUGUUCACUGCGAUGGUCUUCCGUUAAAAAAAAAAGAAAAAGAAUAACAACACGAACAGUGUUAAGAGACCUCGGAGGACAUUUGAGUCUGAUAUUGUCUUUACCCUUUUAGCUCUUAGUGAUUUUAUGUAGUGAUCAUUUAAACAUUUGGUUUCAAAGGUGUGUAAGGGAGACUUCCAAAGAUACUCUUUAAGUACUUUUUUAGCCUUGUGGUUUUGGCUCAAAGUAGAAUGAAUCUUUUCAGAAUAGGAGCAGCUUCUCGCUUUGGGCAGCUAUGAGAGUUUAAAACUUCGUUUUAGAAAGUCCGACGGAUUUGGUUGGUUUCCGUCUCCACUUCUCCUCCUUGUCAUUUGUUUUAACAGGAUAUUGUGUAUUAUUUUGCUGUGGAUAUGACACUUCUACCACUUUAAGCUUCUAUUAUCCUUUUUUAUGGGGUAUAAGGUCAUGCUGGAGAAAUGAAAAGUGGGUUCUGUGUGCCGUGACACAGUUGCGUUAAAGUCAAUUUUGUGAAUUUUAUAAGCAUGGUCAUUGCCCUAGUAGUUUUGAGAUGACGGAAUUCAGAGAAAUCCCCUGCUAACAUAAAAGAGUGUAAAUAAGAUGUGACACUCUCUAAAAGAAUGACUUGUGCUAUUUGCAUCAUUAAUGUUUUACAUAGGCCUUUUCGUUUGCAAUGCUAAUGUCCUCCAUUCCAAUCAUAGUAUAUUAAAGAAAAAGUGUCCUUUUUGUCAUUUUUUAAAUUAAAUGGCAUAAUUGCAUGAUGACAAUGUCCAUUAAAUGGAUUUUCGUCAUGAUGUGACCGAGGAAGUGUCAUACAGGUUCAGUGUUUUUAUCUAAAUCACAAAUUUACCGUGUAGCCUGACCUCUGAACUCCGUUAAGUGUUAAUCCCUCUAUUCUUCCCGACACAAGCAAUGCAAAAGCACCUUGAGACAUUAAUUUACACCGAUGGAAAGUUUUCAUGAGGUUUGUUUUAAUAUUAAGAUAUAAUCUAAUAGCAGUGGCCUAUUUUGAAAUUUUUUUAUUUGUCAAAUUUGAAUUUUGUACACCAGAAUAUCAGUAAUCAUGUUUUAAGAAAAUCAAGUAUACAAAAAAAAAAAGCUAAUUUUGAAUGUAGUCGUGUUCAUUUCCAGCGUUGCAUUUCUGUUACAUAAAUUCAUCCAAAAACGAAUAACUCUAUAAAUCUGGUAUGUUUUGCUGAUUUAUAUAUAUAUAUAAGCAAACCAGCAUACAAGCUGAUAAAACAUUUUUAACAGUAGUGGGCAGCAGUACAAAAUGUUCUUACUGAGUUAAAGCACACGUGAUCUUAUUGAAUUAUUCUAGCCAAAUUUGAUCAUAUGUGAUCAUACCAUAUGUAAUUUCACAGGCCACAACACUGCAGCUCUACAACAUUCAUUUAUUUUUGUAGUCAUUUAUACCAGUCAUUUGUUAAGCUUAUUGUUUUUUUAUUCCGGUAUAUUUAGGAAACAUUUUUUGUUUGCAAAGGACCACGUUGUUGCUCUCAAAUGCCCUAAAAUAUAUAUAAUGAACAUAUAUAUAUACAGUUUAGCUGAUUUGUUACACAGUAAUGGUUUACUGGGCAAAAGGAAUUUUUUUCUUUAAAGGUGCUGUAAGUUUUUGACUUUACUAAAGCAUAAAAAUACCAUAAUAUGUUUGCAGCUAUUUAAGAAACAUGCCAAGUUAACAUACUUUUUAAAUCUAUGCUACAGUCAGUUGUUCUCCUUUGAAAAUGUGCGUUCAGAGCCGGAAUGUCUCUCUCUGUUUUGGUUUGUGAAACCCGCCCACUGCUAGUUUACCUAACUGUAUUUCGGCACGCCCGGUUGCCAGUUGACGGAAAACACAGCGUAUUUCAUUUCAUUCAUCAUCAAUUGCGCUUGUUCCUGUUUCUGUCCUCAAUCUGGCAACCUGUGUGUGCAUCAACUGAGGAGGAGGGGCCAGGUGAAAAAACCCGCUCCAGUAUUUUACAUUUGGACUGCAGUACCUAGUUCAACCACACGGUGUCAAUCCUACAUACAGCACCUUUAAUAUUCGGGAAUGUAACAAUUUUAGAAAACAGCAAUUUGAUGAGGAGCUACUUGUUCUUGGUGCUUUUUAUAAAACCUCAUCUUAUUGCCAGGAAUAGAUUAUUACAUUACAGUAUAAUCCUGGCUUGUUCAGCCUCAAAUCCACUUUAAAUCAGUAAGACAUGUACAUUUACUAUAAAAUAUACCCUGUAUUCAUUGAUAGUGCAAAUUGCAAGGGUUAGAUACUGUACUUUAAUCAUUUUUGUAUCUGUUUAGUAUAUUUCAACUUAUUAAUUUUUAUUUUCUGUAAGUACUGAUCAUUGUUUUUAUAGGCAUCCUUGUCAUCUUUAUGUGUACGCUUUAUUUUAUCAUCGCUGAAAGACCGGUUUCUUUCUCUUUCUCCCUUUCAUGUCAGUGUUUUUCAGUAUUCGGUUUUCUUAAGUCUUUUUUCCGCAUGGAACACAGUAAUCGUUAUUAACUGUUAACAUGUAUUAUGUAAGACAUUGUUAUGUAUGUUCUGAAAUAACUCACGUUUUCCUUCGUCUUGCAUUGUGGUUUCAUAUAAAUAUGCACAGACAAGACUGAUAGGUGAAUUAAGAAAAUAUCAAUGUCAAGAACACUUUGUAUCUCUAUCUUGUUUAUUAAAUUCAGACGGUUAUACUUGA